AUGGCGCGUCCACCUCAGAACAAGCAUUCAGCAGCAACAUCCACUGAGCUGCCCACCCUACACUCGACCCCAUCCAUCAAGCGAUCAAGUUCAUGCUCCACGCCUCGCCAAAACGACCCGCUAGUGUCGAGCUUUGGCAAUGCCACCGAUGCCACGAAUGACCGGCCCCGCGACUACCACCACCAAGUCAAAGCAACUCUCACAAACAUCCUCAAUGACGAUCGAGUGAAGCACGAUCCGAGUGGAACCCGCUGUGUGCAGAAGAUACUGUUGGAGAACGAGCAGGACAUGCGGAAACAACGGAGACAUUCGCUCAGUGCAUGUACUGCGAAGCGAACGAUGCUGUUUUAG